AUGGUCUGUCUUCAAAUGGCAUCAGCACCUUUCAUUCAGCACCGAUCUUCAUCAUUGAGGUCUCAAAAGAAUGCUAAUGUGAUUUUCUAUCUCGAAUACUCCUUAAGAAGUUGUGAAAAACACCCAUCAACUCGUAAAUCUCUUCGAAACUCGAAAAAACGAUUUUUUGCAAAAGAAAAAAAAGUCGAUGUUGAAAGUGCGCUCUAUUGA